AUGAGAUUUACCACCAUCAUUAGCACUCUCCUUAUCGGUUCGUCUCUCCUCUUUUCUUCAACCCAAGCAUGCGAAGCAGAAUGCCAGAAGGGAAUAUCGAAAGCAUUCGGAGAUAAAUACGGCGACGAACUUAAACCAUUUUUUGAUAGAUUCAAAACUGACCUCACCAAUACAAUCCUUCAAGGCGUUGAUUUCGAUGACGUUGGCGAAGGUUCGAAACUUCAAAAAGCUGUUCCGGAUGUUGCCAAGUCAAAAGUUGAUCAAUUAGAAACCGAGUUCGUUGGCAGUCUACAACAAUUAGCUUUCAAGUCUAUAUUCGUACAGAAUCCUCGAUACAAGGGUGACUGUAAUCAUCCAAAACUCGUUAAGCAGCCAAAGAAAGGUGUUCCGUGGGCACGAAGUGAUUGCGAUAAGCAAACAUAUCUUUGUGGUAACCCGCCUGCUAUCUGUCAUGACAUCCAGAAGAUCAAGAACCGUAUCUUUACCAAUAUCCAGGCCGAACUUACAAAAUUGGCUAGUAACACCGGAGCAUACUUUACUGCACUCGACGAAACAGUAUCGGACACCGCUCGUGCUGUUGGCGUGUCUCUUAAAAAGCGUAAAAAGUUUUUGAUGCCGACCGUUGACAGUAACAUUCAGAACGCUUUGUCCAGAUUCUUGGACGAUAUUGAAUCAAAAUUUUGUCAUGAUACCUGUUCUCAAUACGACGAUCCUAUUAUCGAUCUUCUUCUCCAAUUCCCUUAG